AUGGACAACGAGGAAGUAUUUGCUCUCCCAGAUCAUUUGGUUGACCAUGACUACUUCCUGCCAGUUGUAUAUGAAGAUGAUCAUAUACUGCGUGAAGAAGAAGUAGAGGAAUUGGUAGAAGACGAAGAAGUAGAAGAAUUGGACGAAGAAGAGGAAGAGGAACCAAUUGUCAGAGUGUCGGAAACAUACAGAUUGAUUCCUGGGGUUCAUAACCGAUCGAGGAUAUAUGUUGACAACUUGGGAUUCAAGUAUUACAAACGAGAAACUAAAGGACAACGCGUGUAUUUAGUAUGCGAACGGCAGAAGCAACAGAACCAGUACUGCCCUUCCACUGCAACUGUUAGUGCAAAUUUGAACGACAACAGAAUUCGUCUACGGUUCUACCACGACCAUCCGCCCAGAGUGAUCGACCUGAAUGUGCCGUUUUUGAGGGAAACCAUAGAAAAACUGACUGUCCUUGAAAAUCAGUAUUUCGUUGAAUUUGAUCAAGCCAGAAGAAACCUAAGGAUUAGAGAUCGAGCAUCAUGGAGGGAACGAGAGAACACUACCACUGUGUUAGCAGUUUAUGUGCAACAACUCAACAGAGAUGAAGACCUCACAGGAUUUUUGAGAAGGGCUGGACACCGCAAUGAUGGAUACGUACAAGGCAUAAUCGGACCAUAUCCACAAGAUCAGUAA